UGGAAGACAAAUAUUUUGAUAGAGGAAUUGUCAAGUCAUAUUUUACAAGGAAGGAAAUGGGAAACAAAAAAACAAGACAAAAUAAGACCUCACGAAAGUAUUCACCGAAAAAGGAACAACAAAUGCGUGAAGCAAGAAUGGCAAUAUAUCAUAGAAAAAAACAAGGGAAACAUACAAAAGUUGGAGUAGAAGUUGAUCCUCAUUUAGAUACUGAAGUAGAAGAAUCCCAAUCACAUAUAAUUGAUGUCAAGGAUGGGGCUCAACCAUACACAAUUGAUGUAAAGGAGGAGGCCCAACCAAAAUUUACUAUUGGAGAGGGAUCGGGAUCACUUCCUUCUAUAGAUAUGUUACAUAUAACUUCAAAGGAAAUAUUUGACAAGUAUUUUAAACACCAUUCUACACUCGGUCAAGCUCAACUAUUAUCCCGAUACUUACUCAUGAUCAGCUACAAGAGCCAUUACAAUUGUUGGGCGUACAUUUCACAAAAAAGAGGUAAAGAGGAAAAGACACCUAGAAUAUGUGAGGCACACCCUUAGACUAAUCAUGACAUUAUGUAUUUUGAAAAAAGUGAAUAAGCAUGUGAUAUUUGAUAUGAUUAUGAUAAUAAGUUUGGAGAUGGGAUUAAACCUUGACUAUGAUUUCAU